CGCUGAUAAUUGUAUAGCAAAAUCAGAGACAUAGCAAGAAUGGAUUUCAAUUUGAAGGAAUCCCGUAGCCACUAACAACAAAGGGUCGGAUGUAGAGAGAGGAAUCGCCUGAACUCGUUGACUGCCAUCCUCGAUUCAAGGGUUUUUGGCCUCAGAAUGAGAUUGUCUCGCCCAAUUGAAGAAAUCGGAGUCGAUUUACUCAUCUACGGCUUGAAGAUAAAGAGUGAAGGCGAGAGGGAAUUCUUAAUGGAGAUUCUCACUCCUCUAUCAUCUCCCUUUCUCUCUGAUUUGGAGCUCUAGUGCUCCUCUAGGUUUACAACGGUUGAUUUUCUUCCUGCUAUCGGCGUUGCUUUUUGUUUUUGGUUAAAUACUCAAUUUGAUCCCUCAACUUUUUUUUGGAACCAAAUUCAUCCUUAGACUUUAUAAAGUACCAAAAACAUC